AUGUCUGAAGUUACGGUGCUCAUCAUUGGUUGCGGAGUCGCUGGGCCCGUGCUCGCGAACUUGUUAAAACGGAAAGGCUACAGUCCUAUCGUCUUCGAAAAAGUUUCGAAGUUGGGAGAUGCAGGGGCUUCACUGAUGUUGAUGCCAAACGGACUCAAAGUCCUCAAUUUGGUGGGCAUGGCGGAGGAAAUCGAGAAAGGCUCCCAGCCACUGGAUGCAUACGAGGAUCUUACCUCGGAUGGCGAGAUCCUCGGAUUCUCAGACUUGCCACAGAGCUUCAGAUCAAAAUACGGAUCACCUGCAAUGGGUGUCAAGCGAACCGAGUUGAACUUGAUGCUCAAGAACAUGCUCACUGAUCUGAACGUCGAGGUGAGAGAAGGCUGGGAGCUGGAAGACAUUGAGGAAGGCGAAAAUUCGGUUACGGCCCAUUUCAAGGGACAUGGAUCUGUCACAGGAUCAUUCCUCAUCGGGUGCGACGGCAUCAAAGCAGCUUCCAGACGUAUCCUUCUGAGCAAGAGAGGGAUCAGCGAGGGACUGCCUGACUUCAGCGGAUUGACACAGACGGCUGGCUUGUCACCAACGCCGAAGGCACUGAAAACUCGAUACAGCAUGAGGAAUUGGUUCGGCGAAGGAGUCCAUAUGAUCGCAUAUCCGGUCUCUCCAGAUGUGACCUCCUGGGCGUUGACUCUACCUGAAGGUGAGGGCAAUGAAGCAGAUUGGGGCUUGUGCUCUCCGCAAGAAAUCUCCACAAGAAAGGAGAAACUGCUCGCAAAGAUCAGUUCUUGGAAAGACAAAUCGCCAGCAGAAUUGGUCCAGAACCCAUCUCGUAUCAUCAAGUUUGGUCUCUUUGAUCGGACAGAAAUGAGCCCAGACCAAUGGCAUUCAAGGAGAAUCGUUCUCGUUGGGGAUGCUGCUCAUCCAACGAGCCCUCACCUUGGUCAAGGAGCAAACCAGGCGCUUGAGGACUGUUUCCAUCUUAGCCGUGCCUUGCCAUACCUGAUUCCAGGAAGUGACGACUACGAGGAUGGUCUGCGAAAGCUGGGGCCAGGUUUGGUAAACAUCUUCCAGGCCUUCGCAGAGAAGAGACAACCAAGAACCUCGGCCUUGGUGAAAGGUGCACAUAUCCAAGGCCAGACACGUGUGGUGACCACUGGACCGGACGACUGUGCAAAGCGGAAUGAUAAGGUUGCCGCAGGCUGGAAGGAUGUCGACGCAAUAUCCGCAAAGUACGACGCACUUUGCCGUGAGCCAUUCCAGGGAACUCUCGAAUAA